UCGUCUCUGCUCCGUUGCCUCCGUGUGUCUCUGUCUGUGACUUAUGUCAUGUCGACCACCGUGAAAAGGCUCGAAGUUUCCUACAACCCCAUCAACCAGAACGACACUUUCACCAGCGGCGACGUGGUCUCCGGCCAUGUCACGCUGGAAGUGGUGAAGGAAUGUGAAAUUGAGUCGCUCUCAGUAAAGUUCAAGGGGAAAUCAGAAGUGUUGUGGUCGGAGAGGCACGGCCAGACCACCGUGGUGUACCACUCCAAAGACAAAUACUUCAGCAUCAAGCAUUACUUCAUCCAGGACAAGCAACAAAAAGUGAACAAUGAAGAAACCCUCCUUUUGAGCCAGAAUUCACAAACUUACAGCAAUGUUGUUCCCCCAGGAUGCCACGUCUAUCCAUUCACCUUUCAAGUGCCUCUCAAGGAGAUGCCGUCCUCCUUCAAAGGCUUUGCUGGUAAAAUCGUGUACUUGCUGGAAGCUAAGCUGAGCAGAUCAAUGAGGUUGAACAAGAAAAGUUCAACCAAGCUCAACUUUGUGUGUAAAACCAACCCGACCAGCGUUCCAGAGUUAAUGGCACCACAACAUGAGUCCAAGGAUAAGAAAAUGAAGUUUUUCAACUCAGGAACUGUGGCCAUGGACGUGAACCUAGAAAAAACAGGUUUUUGCCAAGGUGAAGGAUUAAGAGUCACGGCCCACAUUAACAACAGUUCAACCCGGGAUAUCAAGCCAAAGUACUGCAUUUACAGAAAGCACAGCUUCUUUGCAUGCGAGAAGAGAAAAGUCGACACCAGAGACCUCCUGAAGGAGGUGGGAGACCCCAUCCCUCCCUCUACGUCAACCAACGUGACCAGGGUGAUCACCAUCCCCCCCGACAUGGAGCCGUCCAUCCGCAACUGCAGCAACAUCAUGGUGGAGCACCGACUCAGGGUCUACCUUGAUGUCAAAUAUGCUUCAGACCCAGAGAUCAAAUUUCCCAUAGUCAUCCUGCAAGCCUCUGAGGCUUCUGCAGUGGCACUGCCUUCUGCUGCUGCUGGCCUUGGAUUUGAACCCUUUGGGACCCCGCAUCCUCAGCCGUUUGGUCUGGAGCCGCAACAGCCACCGGCAGCAAGCCAGUUCUCAGACGCUCCUCCUCCCUACGCGUCGUACGGAAUGUACCCUUCUGUGAAUGACUUGGGUAGUAAGUCCUAGUGACCGUACCAAGAAGACCCUUCUGCAUUUCAAACAGAAUCAGGAAAGAGUUACAAACAAUUCAUAUAUCAUUACAAAUGUUAUCAUUUUUAAAAUAUAGAAGUGAAAAAAGGUUACUGUUUAAACCGUAUCCAAAUUCCUGUUUUCUGAGUCCUGGAUGUUUGAGUAACUAUUUCUAUGUCCUUUUUAUUUCAUACCUUGAGAGAUUUAGUUUUUAAAUACCUAUUUUCAUAUUUUAAAAAGAUGCUAAAUAAACUAUGAAACACAAGUGCCUCAACUGAUAAAUGCAUAUGAAGUUUUUUGUUGUUUGAUGAAACUUGGUAUUUGUGUGACUUUCAAAUAAAUAUAAAUAAAAAAAA